AUGAAGAAACUCCAAGGCACCCUCGAGACCUGGAGAAAAGAAAAGUUGGAAUUUCUUCACACUCAAUUUAGUGCAGUUUUGUUUCAUAGUGUUCUGUUAAUGGGUUCAUUUCUGUAUAGAGCUAUUUAUUUAGGAGUUGUUAAAGAGAGAACAUUUUCAAGGAGUAAAAGUACUUUCAAGGAUUUUAUAGGUUUUGGGUUGUUUGCCAAAAGUUUAGACACUAAGAUUGUGACAGGAAAAUUGAACAUUGAUUCGUGUGUCAAUAGUCAAUGUGUUUCAAUUUUAAAAAUGGCCAGAUGGGAUGAGAUUCUGUCCCUUCCUGUGCAGAAUCCUCCAACUUUGGAAUUUUCUGCUUCUGAUAUUGUGUGGUCAAAGGUUGAAGGUUGGCGUGACAAUUUAGAUAGACUCGCUCUUAUUCCUUUUGCUAGAGUGGAUGAUUUUGUAAGAGGUGAGUCUGCUAAUAAAGACUGUCCAACAAGAUUUCAUGUUGAAGCUAGAAGGCGUCGGCCUCCACAGACAUCUUACAAGCAAAAGGUUGAUGGCAUCCUCGAGUACAUAUUGUAUUGGUGUUCUUUUGGUCCUGAUGAUCAUCGGAAAGGUGGCAUAGUACGGCCCAGCAGAACAACUUAUGUUCCAAAAAAGAAAAAUGCUGGUAGACCAAAUACCAAGAGGGGGUGCACCUGUCAUUUUAUUGUGAAACGUUUAAUUGCUGAACCAUCUGUAGCACUGAUCAUCUAUAAUCAGGACAAGCACGUGGAUAAAAAAGGGUUACCGUGCCAUGGCCCUCAGGAUAGGAAGGCUGAAGGAACACGUGCUAUGUUUGCCCCAUAUAUAUCAGAGGAUCUUCGGCUUCGUGUUUUAUCUUUACUAUAUGUUGGGGUCUCUGUGGAGACCAUAAUGCAGAGACACAAUGAAUCAGUAGAGAGGCAGGGCGGACCAUGUAAUCGUGAUGACCUGUUGACUCACAGGUAUGUGCGUAGGCAGGAAAGGAGCAUCCGCCGUUCUACGUAUGAACUGGACACUGAUGAUGCAGUUAGCAUUAACAUGUGGGUUGAAAGCCACCAGAAUCAGGUAUUCUUCUUCGAGGAUUUUUCUGAUUCAGAGCCUUUCACUUUGGGAAUUCAAACAGAGUGGCAGUUACAACAACUGAUUCGGUUUGGCAAUCGUGGUCUUGUGGCUUCUGAUUCAAGGUUUGGAACAAACAAGUUGAAGUAUCCUGUUCACAGUCUUGUUGUGUUCAACUCAGACAACAAGGCCAUCCCUGUAGCUUGGAUCAUAACACCAAGAUUUGCUAGUGCUGAUGCACAUAGAUGGAUGAGGGCACUUUACAAUAGAGUUCGUACAAAAGAUCCUUCAUGGAAGCUGGUUGGCUUUAUAGUGGACGAUCCUUUGACAAACAUCCUCACAAUAAGGGAUGUGUUUCAGUGCUCUGUUUUGAUAUCUAUUUGGCGAGUUCGCCAUGCAUGGCAUAAGAAUCUAAUAAAGCGGUGCAUGGAAACAGAGAUGCGUGUUCAGGUAUCAAGACAGCUUGGACAGACAGUAGAUGAUAUUUGCAGGGGACAAGGAACUGUAGGUUCAUUUGAAAUUCUCAUGGAGGAUUUUGUUGAUGGCUCUAGUUUUAUGGAUUACUUCAAGGCAACCUGGUAUCCUAGAAUAGGGAGUUGGACUACUGCACUAAAAACGCUUCCUCUGGCAAGCCUAGAGACUUGUGCAGCAAUGGAAUUUUACCACAACCAAUUGAAAGUCAGGCUCAUGAAUGAGAAGAAUUCUGGUGUUUAUCAACGUGCUGAUUGGUUGGUUGAUAAGUUGGGUACAAAAGUGCAUUCGUACUUCUGGCUUGAUGAAUACUCAGAAAAGGAUGGUUUUGCAAGAUACUGGAAAGAUGAGUGGGUUAGUGGUUUAACAUCUUGGCGCAAAGCAUUGAAGAUUCCAGACUCUGAUGUUGUCGUGGAAGGUAGAUGUGCAAAAGUUACUGACCAGCUUGAUCAAGAUAGGGUUCAUGUUGUCUGGAACCCUGGUUCGGAAUUUGCUAUUUGUGAUUGUAGGUGGGCGGAAAUGGGCAACUUGUGUGAGCAUGUCUUUAAAGUUAUUAAAUUAUGUCGCGAUAAAGGGUGUAGGAAGUCAUCUAUUAGCCUAUUUCUGUAUAAUCAGGCCCUGAUCAACAUGCUACACUGCCCACCUUAUGACUGUUUGAUUCGUGAUCAUGCUGCUUCUCUAGUAGUUGCUGUACAGAAGCAAUUAGAUGGAUUUGUUAAUUUUCAUAGCAGCCAGACUAAUGCAAAUACCACAAAGAAAAAAGCUGCAAACACACUUGAACAGCAGCUGGUCUGUGGGACCAAUUCCUCAAAUCAAGAUAGAGAAUUAGCGAAUGAAAAUCAUCAUAUUGACAAAGAUCUGUCAACUCACAAUGAGAAUGAUUGUCAGGACAGAGACAGACAUGAGGUUUCUCAUGGCGUUACGGGUGAUUUUGUUGGGAGUGUUAGAGAAGAAUCUGCUUGUGCUCAGAUGGAUGUUGACCCAUCAUCCAACUGCAUUUCUCCACCCGGAAUACAUUCUAUUGAUGAUGUCACUCAGAAACAAGUUGUUAUAGAUAGCAGCCAGCAUGCUGUGGAUGCCACUCAGAAACAAGCUCCGAACUCCCUUGAACAGCAAAUAAGUGGGACAAACUUAUCAGAUCAAGCUAGAGAAUUAGUGAAUGAGAGUGAUUGUAUGGACAAAGAUGUGUCAUCCCUCAACAGGAAUGAUCGUCAGUUCAGACAUGAGGCUUCUGGCAGUCAUAGAGGUGAUUUCGUUGAUGGUGUUGCACACCAGGUUGACUGUGCUCAGAUGGAUGUCGACUCCCCAGCCACCCGUAUUUCUCCACCUGGAUCACUUUCUGUUAAUGAAGUUGUAUCUAAUGAAAACUUAGAAAAUCGAAACAGAACUAUAAAUAAUGCAGAUUCUGACACGAGCAAGAGCCCACCUUAUGAUGAUGUUUCUACCGAUCAAGUCAGGCACGAACACAAUAGUUUAAUGGACAUGGAAAUGUCAUCCAUCUAUAUCCCUCAAUCAGUGGAGGAGUCCACGGAGCAACAUGCAGUGGCUAAUCAAAAUACUGCUCGCAACAAGGAUCCUAAGCCAUCAGUAAUUACUAAUACAGCAGAUGUAAAUACUGACAAGGCUUCUGAAUUAAAAAUGAUUGAUACAGUUCAAACUUUGAUGGGAACUGCAGAUAAUGAAGUGACGAAGCCAAAAAGUGAGGGUGGAACCAGGACAGAGAGCCACAGUUGUGAUGAUAAUUCAUUCUCAUUAAGCGGGGUUUGUGAUAGCAAGACAAGUAAUUCAAAUCGUCAUCAUGAUGGUAAACCAGUUGACAGCUUGAACUCGGAAUCAUUGCCAUGUUCCUCAUCAAUAUCAAGGUGCAUGCAAGAACAACCUUCUGCUAAGGUUGAAACUGAAGGAGCUGGUUCUUGCAAGAAGCCAUAUUCAAGUGAUAAAUUGGUUUUUACUAGACGUACUCGUCAAAAGUGUGUUGCAAAUGGCAAAAGUGAUCAUUAG